CAACAACGUCACGAACAUAUGAUGAGAGGUUAGGUUUCGUUAUAAGAUAGAGUAUUGGAGUAUAUCAGUGUACGUUGAUCGACUAAUUGAUUCAUUGUUUCCUCGUCGACAUUACAUUGAAUUAUGAAAUAAAAAAUUCAUCUAUUGAUAAAGACACGUUUGAAUUUUGGAGAAACUGUACAACCAUGGAUCCAGCUUUACUUAAAGAGCGAGAGCUCUUUAAAAAACGUGCUCUAACCACACCAAUUGUUGACAAAAGAAAACAAGAAAAGGAAGCUACGAAAGAUGAACCAUCAAAGAAAAAACCUAAAGUAUCCAUGGUACCUACAGGACCAAAACUGGAUAUGGUCAAUUAUAAAACCAUGUCUGGUAGUACACAAUACAAAUUUGGUGUGUUAGCAAAGAUAGUAAAACACAUGAAAGCGAGACAUCAGGAAGGAGAUGACCAUCCGUUAACAUUAGAAGAGAUUUUAGAUGAAACAAAUCAAUUAGAUGUUGGAUCGAAGGUCAAACAAUGGCUACAGUCUGAAGCUUUAGUACAAAAUCCUAAAAUUGAAGUAACCGAAGGUAGAUUUGUGUUUAAACCUAUGUAUAAAAUUAAAGAUAAAAAGUCCUUACUGAGACUUUUAAAACAACAUGAUUUGAAAGGACUCGGUGGUAUAUUAUUGGAAGAUAUACAGGAGAGUUUACCACAUUGUGAUAAACAUUUAAAGAGUUUACAGAACGAAAUAUUGUACAUUAUACGACCACUUGAUAAGAAAAAGAUUGUCUUUUAUAAUGAUAAGACAGCUCAGUUUCCUAUUGACGAAGAAUUCCAAAAGUUAUGGAGAGCUGUUGCAGUAGAUGCUAUGGAUGAUCAGAAAAUAGAUGAAUAUCUUGAGAAACAAGGAAUUAGAUCAAUGCAAGAUCAUGGACUCAAAAAACCAGCACCAAUCAAACGAAAGAAACCUGUUAAUAGAAGGAAACAGUUCAAGAAACCAAGAGACAAUGAACAUUUGGCAGACGUUUUGGAAACGUACGAUGAUUAAGUAAGAAUUAUACGAUUAUCCUAUUAUAUAAAGUUUUUUAAAAAUUACUAUGACUGAAUGUAAAUAAAAUAAGAAUAUUACUAAAUUUAUUUUGUAAAUAUUUUAAAUAAAAGUAUUAUGAAUUGUACAAAAUA